AUUAUUAUGGACUGGGCAUUGAAGUUCCUUCCUGCACUUUAUAGAGAAAAGCAGUCAGAUUUUUUGGACACAAAGGCAUGAGCUGGCAUGUUUCUGUUGCUAUAUUUAGAGCAGAAGAUGGAUCUUUGAAGCACAAGACAUUCAAUCACAUUUUUGGAGCAGUGAGGCAAGAUUGGUUUGCUGUUGCAUCAGCCAUCGAGCACAUCCUAAAGAGUAUACGAGUACAAAUGCCUGGAAUUGAAGAAGUUUUUUUUACGAAGUGACAAUGCAGGUUGCUAUCACUGUGGGUGCCUGUGGCUGAGCAUGCAUGUAAUAAGUGAAAGAACAGGUAUCAGCAUUGUACGCUAUGACUUCAGUGAACCUCAGGCAGGAAAAAGUUAUUGCGAUGCCAAAAUUGCCCAUAUGCGAUCGAAAUUAAGGACGUUUGUUUCAUCUGGAGAAAAUGUAACAACACCAUUUGACAUGAAGGAGGCAAUAAUGGAUGGAAGUGGUGUAGCAGGAUGUCAAUGUGCAGUUGUGGAAGUUGACAGGAAAAACCAGACAAUGACUAGUCAUUGCAUCAAGGGAAUCACCAACAUUAAUAAUCUUGCCUUUGAAGGAGAUGAUAUCAUUGCCUGGCACAGUUUUAGUAUUGGUAUUGGUAUCAAGAAAAAAAGAGAUGUCUUGAAAAGUGAGCAGCUUGACACAGGACUCAUCAUACUGUCUGACUUUGAAGAACCAUGUAAAAACUAUGGUGUGAUCUCUCAUAUAACAAAAAACUGUUCAGUUACACCAACCAGUAUUUUCCACUGUUCCGAAUUGGGCUGUAAUCAGCAGUUUUCCUCAUACCAAAUACUUCAAGAGCAUAUUCUUCUGGAUAGACAUGUUCAAGAGAAAACAUCAACUUAUGAUGCUCUACGACAUCAUUGGUCCAAGUUGUGUAAUUCUAAUUUCUUCAUUUCUAAACGGCUGGUGCAAAUAGGCAGAGAUCACCAUACCCUUGUGAAGAAUUCAUCAGUAGAGAAGCUUCAACAAGGAUGGGCACUGAAAAAAAAAACAAGGAAAUUUGCACGCUCCUCUUCCAAAGUUAAAGAUUUUCUCCAUAGAGUUUUUCAAGAGGGCGAAGAAUCAGGAAGGAAAGCAAUUCCUGUUGAAGUAUAUCAACGUAUGAAAUCAUUGCGAAACAGCACUGGAGAGAAGUUUUUCAAUCCCGAUGAAUGGCUGCAGCCUUCUCCGAUUAACUCCUUUUUUUCAAGACUUUCUCUGAAUGCAAAAGCAAGGAAUAUCAAGGAUGAACCAGAAGAAGAUGACCAUCUGCGAGAAAUUCUGCAGUCAAUAUAUGAGGAAGAAGAAAGAGACAGCAUCAGAAAUGCCAUGACCUUAGAACUUGACAGUCCAAUAUGAUUGUUUAAACUUGUACAUGUAGAAAUAUUGGUGCUGUCUUUCAAUGAUAGUUGGUUUGUUUAGAUAAUGUAUGUAUGUACGGUACAUCAAACAUGCAUGGAGUCAUAAAUGAUA